UACACCCUAAGGAUGGACCCUCCUGCCCCCGCUGCUGUCACCCCUGCCCUGGCCCUGGCCUCAGCUCCAGCCCUAGCACAGGGCUCCCUGGCACUGCCCUACCUGGGAAACCCAUCGCCCCUUCUCUCCUCUGGACAAGAAGUAAAUAAACAUGAACGAGGAGCUUGUCUCUGGAGGCCCUGGCUGUCCUCUACAAAUCACCUCCCCAGGCAGGUGAGGAAACAUGUGGAUUUGGCCGCCAGUGGGACAACAGGUGCCGAGGUCACCAAGGUUGACUUUGAGUUCCAUCACCCAGUCAGACUCUUCUGGCCUAAAUCCUGCUCCUUUGACUACCUGUACAGUGAUGGGGAGAUUUUACUGCAGAACUUCCCUGUUCAGGCAACCAUCAACCUCUAUGAGGACUCAACCAGUGAGGAAGAGGAGGAAGUGGAGGACAGAGAAGAGGAGAAGAAAGAGGAAGCAGAUGGAAAGGGGCCAGAAGGGUGUGUGAAGGUACCAGGGUCAGCACCAUACAGAGCCACAGCUCAUUCUCCCUCCCUGCCCCUGAUCUGUCCCAACUGAACCAGUCAGUCUGAUGGGGUUCAUUAUGCCUGGAAGCAUUUCAGGGCAUUGAUUAGCCAGGAAUCCCCAGGAACAGUUCUCUGGAUUGAAAGUUGGGUCCUCAAGUUACCAGCUCACCCUGGCUACACCCAAUAGGUCUGUGAGCCCAGCCCUCUGGCAUCUCAUUGGGUUGCUGUUGUGUUGCCAGUGAGAGGGUCCUAGGAACUCUAGGGGAAGGAA